CCCACGCCUCCGUGGGCUCUCUCUCGCAUCGACAGCCAAACCUCCGACAACACAAUUACACGCCGAGGCCGGGUGGACAGAUAUCAUGCGGUCACUUGCGACGAGUUUACUCGUAGCAGAUAAACACGAGCGCCAUCUGUCUCCUUGCGGUGCGUGGAGCUUUUUCCCCCCGCGGAGUGUCAUUUAGGGUGGGGGGUCAGUGUCGGGGGAAUCAGGAAUGCUUCUUCCGGUCUCAAAGAGUGUGAACAACUAGCGGAAGUCGAAGUGGUUUUUGUAGUCUGUCAACAAAGUAUCAGAUUCCUACCUGUGCGCCUCACCGACAUCGCCAGUCCCCUCCUUCGUCUUUUACUUCAAGACCCCUGGAUCUCUUCCGCGUCUCCUCACUGGACAACUACCUCCUAUCCACUCGUGCAAUCUGCAAUUUCAGGCCAGAAGAACCAACCGUCAUCCCCCGGACGAACCCACAACUGGUGCUUCCUCAGUGGGGGAGGGAGGGGAAGGAAGGCAGUGUAACAUUGUGCCGCUCCCCCCCAGAGAUGAAGCUGCAGGCCGUCAUGGAGAACCUGCACAGGCAGCAGAGGGCCAAGCUGAUGAUGGAGCAGCAGCUUCAGCAGCAAGCGGCCAUCCAGCACUCCCAGAUCCGCAUCAGUGCAGGAGCGGGCGACGAGUCCAUAAACAUCCCGGCCGCUGACAACGAGCAGGCCCAGUUGGUGGCCCUGGCGGCCAUGCGUGCGGCUGCGGCUGGAUUACAGAGGGUGUCGGACAGCCACAUAUCGGACAGCCGCAUGUCAGACAGCCGCAUGUCGGAGCGAAGCAGCGGCAGCGAGGAGGAAGGUGAAGACGACGACAACGAAGGCGAGGAAGAGCAAUACAAAGACAUGAUGGGGUCGGAGGAGGAGGAGCAGAUCAAACAGAAGUGGGACGAGGAGGACUUUGAAGGCGAGAUGGAGGAAGACUUCGACGACGACCUGGCGGAGGAAGGGCUGCCGACAGGCCACAACGCGGUGGUGCCCGGGAAAGGCAUUCUCCUACUGCCACACCGCCAGCUCCACCCUCACUCUCAGCUGCUGAAAGCCCGGCCCAGCAUCGACCAAGAGCCCCGUGUAGCCAUCUUGCCUCCGAACGCCACACACAGCCUCCAAGGGGGCCAAGACCAUGGGGAGUGGACCUAUGAGGAGCAGUUCAGACAGCUCUAUGAACUGGAUGGCGACCCAAAAAGAAAAGAGUUUCUGGACGACCUCUUCAGCUUCAUGCAGAAAAGAGGUACCCCGGUGAAUCGUAUUCCCAUCAUGGCCAAGCAGGUCCUGGAUCUGUACAUGCUCUAUAGGCUGGUGACAGAGAAGGGCGGCUUGGUGGAGGUCAUCAACAAGAAACUGUGGCGGGAGAUCACCAAGGGACUCAACCUGCCUACCUCAAUCACCAGUGCAGCCUUCACCCUCCGCACACAAUACAUGAAGUACCUGUACCCGUACGAAUGUGAAAAGAGGGGCCUCAGCAACCCCAACGAACUCCAGGCGGCCAUUGACAGCAAUCGGCGGGAAGGCCGACGGCAGAGCUUCGGCGGCUCUCUCUUCACCUACUCGCCCAACGGCACACCAACCAUGCUGUCUUCGCCAAAGCUCUCCACACCCACAAUGGGCUUGACAGUGGGCACCAAUGGGGCCUCGCUCACCCCCAUUCAGAAGAUCAGGAAAGAAGAGAGCGGUCAACCUAUCGUGGGACUUGGCAUGCCGCGCAUACCGGCGGGAGCCUUGGCGGGUCACUCAGUGGCUGCGGUGCAGGCGGCGGCGGCCCAGGCGGCCAUGGCAGCUCAGGUGGCGGCUUUGGAGCAGCUGAGGGAAAAGCUCGAAGCUGGUGAGCCACCGGAGAAGAAGAUGGCGCUGCCAGCUGAGGAGCACCAUCGACUGCUGCAGAGAGCACUGCAACACAACCUGCUGGCCAUGACAGCACAGAUUCCCCCCAUGAACGUCCGCAUCAACCAACUAGAUAGUAGACAGGACUCGGCCAUGAACCUCACCACCAAUGGCACAAACAGCAUCAGCAUGUCAGUGGAGCUCAAUGGAGUCAUGUACACUGGUGUCCUUUUUGCUCAGGCAGCAGCUGGGUCAGCCCCGUCGGGCGCGUCUCUCUCCAGCAGGGCUGUGGGCAGUCGCCUCGCAUCUCAACCGCCACCACAGCAGCAGCAGCAAAACAUACCUACCUCAACCUCCAACAACCCAGUGUCUUAACAAAGCCUCAGCCUUUCCUCCUUUUAUUUUUUUUUUUUUUUUUAUCUUUUUUUAGAUAUCAUGCUAAGUAAAGCCAAAAAACAAGCUCAUUUUCUACAUAGUCUAUGCCAAAAAAAAAAACAACAACAACAACGAAACCUACACAAAGACACAAACUGUAAGUCAAUCACUUGAAACACACACUCAGGUUUCCUGUCAUCAAUUCACCUCUUUUGUUCUUCAUAGUCAACGAUCAUUUUGGAGGCGAGCCUCCACACAGAGAGCCAGUAUGUGUAAAAGACGUGUGUAUGUACAACCUGUGAAUUAUUUAUUUCUGCAUACAUGUACAGUUAAUGGAAGAACAAAAGAGAAAGGGGGGCAUGCACUGUUUACACUCACAAACACAGCUACUGACAGUAAUGUUUUACAUUCUCUUUAUUUUACUAUAUAUCUAUAUUAUUUUUAUCAUUUAAAUCUUUAUCAAUCCUCUCACUGCAGGGGGUGGGGGGAGAAAUCAUCUAUAUAUUUAGAGGUCUAUAGAAAAAGUACAGAAUAUCUUCUAUUUUUAAUCAGAAAAGCUUUAAAAAGUAUAUAUGGUUUCUCUGGGCGUAUAACAAUGCACCAUUAUGACCUACGUCUGUGGAAAACCAGAGACCUUAUUCACACGGCGGCUGUUUUUCCAGCAGUCUUGUGCUCCUGUUUUGUGGAACGAGACCGGCGUGACAAGUCUCGAAUCUCAAACAGGAGGAUUUUUAGGACUGUAAUGUUUAUUUCUAUUAAUAUAUCGGGCCAGACGAGGUGAUGGCGCGACGUCCCUGCGGAAUUCACGCUGUGUUGACGUCUCCGGUUUUGCAGUAAAGCGUCAAGCUUAGUCUUAGUCCUGGAUGACUGUUCCUGCAAGUACAUUGGUACCUCGGUUUACGGUAGUAAUCAAAAUCGGAUGAAAUCUGAAGCAAUUACAGAUCAUCCAAAUCCGGUCCGAUGAAUCCCAUUCACACACCCCAAAAUAUGUCCAAAAAACACAUUCUAUAGUUUUUUUCAUUAAUUAAAUAGUUUCUUCUUUAUCAUAGUGCUUGAACUUGCAACUUUCUUUGGCCCCAUGGGGACUUACUUUGCAUUUCUACUAGCGACUGAGUCACCAACGUAUUCGAUUGUGGGGAUGAUACACCCCAAAUAAGCGCAAUAUCUAAGCCGUGCAAUAACCUAGAUCGGCGGUCCUCAAACUUUUCUCACCAAGUAACACCUCGGAAAACACUUGCCUCUCCAAUAUUAAAAUACAGUAGCGUAAUAAGCCUAUGUAUUCAUUAAAAACAAGGCAUAUGUUUUAUUGAACAAGUGUAUUUAAUAUUUUUGGUAACAUUACGUACAGUUUGAACAGUAACAACGUGUCUGAAUAUACAAAAAAAAUAAAACACUGUACUUUAAUCAAGUGAUUAUUUGGGGUACCGCUACUGGUACCCGUACCAGAGUUUGACAAUCACUGGCCUAGGUGCAGUGGAAAAUGUAUCAACUUAAUUAUUUGUUAAACAAGGUUCAUAAAUUGAAAAGUUUGUAUAUUGAAGCAAAGUUCUCCAUAAUAAACGUGAAGAAUGGGUUAACAUGAAUUGAUUUACGUGGACCCCAACUUAAACAAGUUGAAAAACUUAUUGGGGUGUUACCAUUUAGUGGUCAAUUGUACGGAAUAUGUACUGAACUGUGCAAUCUACUAAUAAAAGUUUCAAUCAAUCAAUCAAGCCUCGACAAAGGUCCACAUUUUAGUCAAAGUUUAAACACAAUAUAAAGCACUAUACAGCUCUGUGUGUCAAACAUACAUAACAAAGGGACGAUGAAUCAACUUUCUAUUCAAAAACAAAA